ACUUAUAAUGGGCAAAAUGUUAGUAAGGGCAUUUUUGCCUUUAUUGCCAAUAAAGUCUUCUCAGAAGUGAGCCACAGAAGUGUGUCAUUCUUGGCGUCAAAAGUCUGAAUUAACACGAUCCAGCAUGAGACUUAUUAAUGCAUGCUCAUUUUUUAAAAAGGCAAGAAAUACUUAAGAACCUCCUAUCUCUGUCCCAGUUCCCUGGUUCAUUAAAGAUUCACCCCAAGUAACUGAAAUGCUUUCCUUGGGAGGAUUUAUUUGAAUCAGUCUUUCACAUACAAAGGAUAUUGUAGGAGAAAACUCCCCACAUGUUGUUAAAAGCAUCCUGAUUUUGCUGGCAGGAAUAUGAACAUCUGUUGUAAGGAAAGAAAAAGUUUCAUGCAAAUUACACAGUCAAAGAAGAGUAGGGAUGUUCAAGUUGAGAAACCAGUGACAUUUCUUGUAACUGUACUAUGAGUCAGCACAUUUUUUAAUCUUCCUGAUAAUAUAUGGCAGUGUAGCGAGGUGAGAAGGAGCAGUGUUCAUUUGACGUACGCAUUAUUUUAUUUUCGCGUGUGUGUGUACAAAUGACUUCAUGGCACAGACGUUUCUGUUUUUAAAUGAGCGUACAGUAAAUUGUAGUCCAUGGAAGGCUGACUGGAAUCCCACACCCUUAGCUUUAGAAAGCAGUCUCCGCCCAGCGAAGAGUGCAGAACGAUGGAACCCCAUGUUCCUGGAAGUUUGCACAUCAGAGUAAACAAACUUGAAAACCCCUCUUGAUAGCAGAAUUCACCCAGCCUUGUUCCAUUUUCUCUUAACAAAACACACCGCAAAAGCUCUCACAAGCUGCUUUGAUGAAGCCACAUGUAUUUCCCCCUCCACAAUUUACAGGAAGUUACUCUUAAAAGAAAGUGAUUCUGGUGUUUACUGCCCGUGUUAAAGGGACAGAGUUCCUUUUUGUUUCUGAUACGUGUGAGUGAAAUACAGACACGAUUUAUAGACAAUCAUAGUCAGUAUGUGACUAGGAACAAAGCCAUAACCUCCUGUCCGGUUAGAGCAAAAUUUCUGCUAUGACCAGUGCCUUCCUACUUGAAGACUACGAGUUGCAGAUAACCAGAUCUAUUCCAGAGGGGAGCUUCUCCACUUCAUCGAUGGCUUUAAUGAGGAGAAAAGCAACUGGAUGCGCUAUGUGAAUCCGGCGCACUCUGCCCGGGAGCAAAACCUGGCUGCGUGUCAGAACGGGAUGAACAUCUACUUCUACACCAUUAAGCCCAUCCCUGACAACCAGGAGCUUCUUGUGUGGUAUUGUCGGGACUUUGCAGAGAGGCUUCACUACCCUUAUCCUGGAGAGCUGACAAUGAUGAAUCUCACACAAACCCAGGGCCAUCCAAAGCAGCCCAGCACUGAGAAAAAUGAACUGUGCCCCAAGAACGUCCCAAAGAGAGAGUACAGCGUGAAAGAAAUCCUGAAAUUGGACUCCAACCCCUCCAAAGGAAAGGACUGCUACCGUUCCAACAUUUCACCCUUCGCGUCAGAAAAGGAGGCAGACGACUUCCGAAGAAACGGGAGCCCGGAAAUGCCCUUCUACCCUCGGGUUGUUUACCCCAUCCGGGCCCCUCUGCCGGAGGACUUUUUGAAAGCCUAUGGGCUGGAGAGGCCGACCUACAUCACUCACUCCCCCAUCCCGUCCUCCACGACCCCGAGCCCCUCGGCGAGAAGCAGCCCCGACCAAAGCCUCAAAAGCUGCAGCCCGCACAGCAGCCCGGGGAACACGAUGUCGCCCCUGGCGCCCUGCCCUCCAGACCACCGGGACUCGUACGCCUACUUGAACGCCCCCUACGGCCCCGAAGGCUUGGGCUCCUACCCGGGCUACGCGCCGACCCCGCACCUGCCCCCGGCCUUCAUCCCCUCCUACAACGCCCACUACCCCAAGUUCCUUCUGCCCCCCUACGGCGUGAAUUGCAACGGCCUGGGCGCCGUGGGCAACAUGGGCGGCGUGGGCAACUUGAGCCUCUUCCCCAGGCUGUACCCCGUCUACGGCAGCCUCCUGGGCGGCGGCGGCUUGCCGCACCCCCUGCUCAGCCCGGCCUCCCUGCCCAGCUCGCUGCCCUCGGACGGGGCCCGCAGGCCGCUGCAGCCCGACCACGCGCGCGAGGUGCUCGUCCCGGCGCCACACAGUGCCUUCUCCCUCCCCGGGGCGGCCGCCAGCAUGAAGGACAGGGCGAGCAGCCCCACCAGCGGGUCGCCCACGGCCGGCACGGCCGCCUCGGCGGAGCACGUGGUGCAGCCCAAAGCUACCUCAGCGGCGCUGGCGGCCCCCGGCAGUGACGAAGCCAUGAAUCUCAUUAAAAACAAAAGAAAUAUGACCGGCUACAAGACACUGCCCUACCCUCUGAAGAAGCAGAAUGGCAAGAUUAAGUACGAAUGCAACGUUUGCGCCAAGACGUUCGGCCAGCUCUCAAAUCUGAAGGUCCACCUCAGAGUGCACAGCGGAGAACGGCCUUUUAAAUGCCAGACUUGCAACAAGGGCUUCACUCAGCUCGCCCACCUGCAGAAACACUACCUGGUACACACGGGAGAGAAGCCACAUGAAUGCCAGGUUUGCCACAAGCGAUUUAGCAGCACCAGCAAUCUCAAGACCCACCUGCGACUCCACUCUGGAGAGAAACCUUACCAGUGCAAGGUGUGCCCUGCCAAGUUCACCCAGUUUGUGCACCUGAAACUCCACAAGCGCCUACACACCCGGGAGCGGCCCCACAAGUGUGCCCAUUGCCACAAGAGCUACAUCCAUCUCUGCAGCCUCAAGGUCCACCUGAAGGGGAACUGCCCCGUGGCCCCAGCCACGGGGAUGCCUUUGGAGGAUCUCACCUGGAUCAACGAAGAAAUCGAGAAGUUUGACAUCAGCGACAACGCCGACCGGCUCGAGGACAUGGAGGACAACAUUGAUGUGACCUCUGUGGUGGAGAAAGAAAUUCUGGCUGUGGUCAGAAAAGAGAAGGAAGAAACUGGCCUGAAGGUGUCUUUGCAUAGAAACAUGGGGAAUGGACUCCUCUCAGGGUGUAGCCUUUAUGAGUCAUCAGACCCAUCCCUCAUGAAGUUGGCUCACAGCAACCCACUACCUCUGGGGCCUGUAAAGGUCAAACAGGAAACAGUUGAACCAAUGGAUCCUUAAGAUUUUCAGAAAACAAAAAGUGUUUUGUUUUGUUUCUUAACUUAUGACUUGGCAAGUCAGGGUGCCUGUAGCAAAUGCUUGUACAUAAUUCCAGUUCUGCAAAGCUCUCCUGACGGCAGAUGGUUUCCCCUCACCUCUCUGGAAUUAAAGAAGGAACUCCAAAGUUACUGAAAUCUCAGGGCAUAAAUGAAGCAAAGACAAUAUAUAUACAUAUUAUAUAUACUUAUUUACACCCCCAUCUAUAUAUUUGAACCUGUGUAUUUUGAAUAUUUGUGUGGAUAUGUUUGCAUAGCCUUCCCAUUGCUAAGACUAUUGCCUAGCCAUAAUUAUUUUUUCAAUGAUAAUCCUUCAUAAUUUAUUAUACAAUUUAUUGUUCAAAAAGCAAUAAUUAAAAAAGUUUACAAUGACUGGAAAAAUUCCUUGUAAUUUGAGUUAUAAAUGUUAUAUUUUUGUCUUGUGGCCAUUCUUUGUAGAUAAUUUCUGCACAUCUGUUUGAGUCCCUACGAUUUAGUAAACAAAUACAUUACUUCAGUUGACCUCCCUCUACAAUAAUGGUUUGAAAAUGAGGUUUGGUAUUGCCAAAGUUAGACAGUUGAUGUGUUAACUCAUAAGAUCUGUCAUUUGAACAGCAUUGUGUAACUUGGGGGGGAAUGUGUGCAGAAUUACCCAAUAAUAACUUCAGUAGAAGAAACAAGAAAGGGAAUCUUGUGUUUGUGUAGAUAGUUCAGAUUCUUUUCCCCCUAGCCAUGGAUUUACCAGAAAGGAGACAAGAAGGCUUUGCCAACCUGUCUUCCUCUCCAAAGAGCAGGGUUACCCCACCCCCAAAGUCACAUGACCAUUCAGAGUGGUCACGUGACCUUUGCAUCCCAAUGUAUUAUCUGAAAAUGUGAAUAAGACAAAAAUGCCAUGUUUAAAACCACCGUGAAAUGUUCCCAAAGCACAGGUGGUUUUGUAUGUGUGAGGUUUGGGGGCUUGAGUCUGGGUGUUGUUUUUGUUAUUGGGGGGUUUUUUUGUUGUUAUGUCAAGAUUGCACAGACAUGGUGCUCUACCGGGAAGGAUUUGAGGUAGAUAGGCUCAGGCCACACUUUAAAAACAAAAAAACCAAAAAACGGGUAUUCUUGUUGUCUUAGGGUAAAAGCAGGCAAUGCACAUUCCUAUCCCCAACACAUCAAUUGUAUUUUGUUCUGUAAAACUCAGAUUUUCCUCAGUAUUUGUGUUUUUACAUUUUAUGGUUAAUUUAAUUAAAGAUGAAAGGGCAUUGCAAAGCUGUUCAACAACAAUUACCUCAUUGAGUGUGUCCAGUAGUACAGGAAGUGAUGUCUUAUCUAAUGAUUUGCUACUCUAGAGGAGAAACCAAGUGCGCUCCAGAAAGACAGAAUGUGUGCCGUUCUGUCUUUCACUCUGCUAAGCCCAAAGAUUACAUGUCAGCAUUCAAGGUGUAGCAAAGAAUGAUGUAUAUUUAUAAAUCUAUUUAUACCACUAUACCAUGUGUAUAUAUAAUAUAUUUAUAACCACUUAAAUUGUGAGCCAAACCAUGUAAAAGAACCUACUUUUCCUAAGGGCAAAAGAGAAAACCAAUCCUUUCUGAGGCUUUGCUUAACACUUGAUGGCCUCACUAUCAUCGACAUUGGUGAGCUUGGGCACCUCCUUGCUAUUAAAGGGACCCCAAAACCUUGGUGCAAAGAUGGGGACUGCAUAACAACCAGGGGGAGAGAUACUCACCGUCUUUCACCAGUAAGGGCAGUCUAAGAUGGCUUUAUUUUUGUUUUGCCACAUUAUGAUUAUGUGGUCACACCCAAGUCACGGAAAUAAAGUCCCAUUAUUCCCUUUACCACUGUUAACUUUUCUCUCUCUUCCUCUCCUUCCUUCCUUCCUCACUAACUGAUGCAUCACUAAUCAGUCAGGUUUCUAUAUUCAGCCUUUUAUUGAUGGCAACUACUGUCAACCAGCAGCAAAGGACAAACUUAGGAGAAUCCAGGGAAACCUCAGAGCCUUACUGAUCUGUUCCUCUAAGUGGCAAAACUGACAAUUUUUUAUGGAUCAGUGCUGAACCAACACAGUCCUUAAUUGUAGGUAAACCAAAGCAUCGCACGCUGACAUUGACACCAAAUACUUUCGGUUCUGCUCAUUUGUUCUCUUCUUUUCCCUUUUGUGCUUUCUUAUUUGUGGGAAUUUUUACCAAGACACGCGUUGCUUGAGACUUCUUGAUUCUCUUUACCAUUUGACUUUCCCUCGUAGGCCUCUUACAUGUGAAUGCUGAGCCCACAAUCAACAGUGGUUUUAUUUUUUUCCUCUAAUCAAAGUUAAAACUGACCAAAGUUAUUGGCUUUUUACUUUGCUAGAACAACAAACUAUCUUAUGUUUACGUACUGGUUUACAUUGUUAUUUAUGUGCAAAUUGUCAAAAUGUAAAUUAAAUAUAAAUGUUCAUGCUUUA